AUGUUGCAGAGGAGAGGGCAGAUAAAGUCUCUUCUUCUCUCCUCUUUGUUGAUGUGUUGUGCCUUGUCUGUGCGUGCUGAGUACUCCAGCUGUGGCGAGUUUGAGUUCUUCAACCACACGAGUAACAGCUGCCAGGCCUGCCCUCAGUGCCAGCCUGGACAGGAGCCCCACAUGACCUGUGGCUACGGCGUGAAGGACGAGGACUUCGCCUGCGUGGCGUGCCCGCAGGGCAAGUACUCCAAAGGCAAGUACGAGUUCUGCAGACGCCACAAAGACUGCGACGCCCUCUACCGGGCCACCGUGCUCGUACCCGGAACCGCUGACAGCGACGCGGAGUGCGGACCCUGCCUCCCGGGGUAUUACAUUCUGGAGAACCGGCCAGGAACUCUACGGAAGGUGUGCCACUCCUGCCAGAACGCACCGCGCAACACCAAAGAAUGUAAGAGCAACCUGCAGACUCCUGAGCCUCGCUCGGGCUCCUCCCCCAAUUGACCAGGGAGUACCACUGUAUUCCCUCACCCACAUAAAGAUUCCACUGGGCAGGGCCAUCUAGCGACGGCUCUCAUCAUUGCCAUGUCGACCAUCUUCAUCAUGGCCAUCGCCAUCGUCCUCAUAAUCAUGUUCUACAUCCUAAAAGCCAAGCCCAGUGGCCAAGCGUGUUGUUCUGGACAGGUGGUGAAGGCAGUGGAGGCUCAGACCAACAAACAGGAAGACAAGAAAGAUGUUCCUGAUAACGUGGUGAUCUACACGGAGAAAGACGAGUUCGACAAAUUGAAAGCCCCGCCCCAGAAGACGGUGAAAAGUGAAAACGACGCGUCCUCAGAGAACGAGCAGCUGUUGAGCCGCAGCAUCGACAGCGACGAAGAGGCAUCCUCGGAGAAGCAGGGCGCCGCCGAGCCCAGCAGCGCCAACCCGAACCUGUGUCUCCUGAACCUCAGCAAUAAGCCCGACCUCUGCCUUCUCUCCCUGGGGCUCCUGACCCGCGACCGGGCCCCGAACGGCACCGCCAUCACCACCGGCUCAACCAACAACAUCGCCAGCGCUAACCACAUGAGCAACGCUAACACGAUCAGCAGUAGCAAAAACCCAGGGAUCCUCCAGAGCCGCCGGAAGAAGAUCCUGGACCUGUACGCCAGAGCAUGCAGCGUGGCGGAGGGCCUGAGCCCCACUGAGCUGCCCUUCGACUGCCUGGAGAAGGCCAGCCGCAUGCUGAGCUCCUCGUACAGCAGCGACGCCGCCGUCGUCAAGACGUGGCGGCACCUCGCCGAGAGCUUUGGGCUGAAGCGCGACGAGAUCGGGGGCAUGAGCGACGGCCUGCAGCUCUUCGAGAGGGUGAGCACGGCCGGCUACAGCAUACCCGACCUCCUGACCCGCCUGGUGCAGAUCGAGAGGCUGGACGCCGUGGAGUCCCUGUGUUCGGACGUGCUGGGCGGGAGCGAGGUAGCGGCGGCGGCGGCAGGGGUGGCGGGCAUCGGGCGGCAAGGGAUCGGCAGCAUUCACUGCCCUUUGUCCUGCCCCUCCCCGUCCCCGUCCCCGCGCUGCGCCAGCGUGUGA